AAAGCGGAUAAAAGGGGGGGGGAGAGUCCGAGCCGGAGACUACACUGGCAGCAGAUCCUGGACCCGAGGGACAAGAUGUGGAGGUCCCUGUUGUGGCUGAGCCUGGCCUCUCUGGCCCUCUCCUCACUCACUCUGGUGGCUGAUGGAGCCAAAAUGCAGGUGUUGUCUGCUCCUAAUUUGUUGCGGGUAGGAACAGAAGAGAACAUUUUUGUCGAAUGUCAAGACUGUACAGGUUCGAAUGAGUUUUCGGUUAAAGUCAACGUGAUGAACCAUCCAACCAAAACAAAAGAGCUGGCCACCGCACAAGUUCCCCUCAACGCUGCAAACAAGUUCCAGGGCCUUGGCACACUUGUGAUUCCAACUGGUGACUUUAAAAAGGACCCCACGCUGAAGCAGUAUGUGUACUUGCUAGCUCAUUUCCCUGACCGAGUGCUGGAGAAGGUGGUUAUGGUCACAUUCCAGUCUGGUUACAUCUUCAUUCAGACUGACAAAACCAUCUAUACUCCCAACACUGUAGUCAAUUACAGAAUGUUUGCUGUGACACCUGGCAUGAAGCCUGUUGAGAGGGAUGAAGUAGCCCAAAACGAUGCCUCGAUCACUAUCGAAAUGGAGACUCCUGAGGGCGUUGUUUUGCCCCUUGACACGGUCUCUCUAAAAUCGGGCAUGUACUCUGGAGAUUAUAAACUCGGAGAAGUUGUAAGCCCUGGGCUAUGGAAGGUGGUUUCCAGGUUUCACUCCAACCCACAGCAGCCCUUCAUUUCUGAAUUUGAAGUCAAAGAAUAUGUGUUGCCGAGUUUUGAGGUCAAACUGACCCCCCAGACCGCCUUCUUCUAUUUGGACAGUGAACUGCUCAUCGUUGACAUCAAAGCUACGUAUCUGUUUGGUCAAAACGUGCAUGGAGUCGCCUAUGUGGUAUUUGGAGUCGUGUAUCAGGAUCAAAGGAGGAGCUUCACCAACUCUCUCCAGAGAGUUAAUAUCAGAGGAGGUGUCGGUGCAGCCACACUGAGGAGACAGCACAUCACGCAGUCGUUUAAUAUCAAUGAACUGGUGAAGAGCUCCAUAUUUGUGACCGUCAACGUGAUGACUGACAGUGGUAGCGAAAUGGUGGAGGCAGAUCUGAAAGGUAUUCAGAUUGUCACGUCUCCUUACAGCAUUACCUUCACGAAGACGCCAAAUUAUUUCAAACCGGGAAUGUUUUUUGAUUUGACGGUUCAAGUUGAAAACCCUGAUGGCUCCCCGGCAAAAGGUAUUCCAGUGGUGGUGGGUCCUGGCGAUGUGAGUGGACGAACCGGAGAUAACGGCGUCGCUAAACUCACCAUCAACCCGCAGGCAGGGAUCCAGAAACUGGUGGUCACUGCAGUGACCAGGGACCGAGAAAUUCUAGAAAACAGACAGGCAAGAGCCGAGAUGACGGUCCUUCCAUAUCAGUCCGGCAGCAAUAACUAUCUCCACAUAAGUGUGGUCCAAUCUGACCUUAAACUGGGGGACAACAUGAAAAUCAACAUUAACCUCAACAAGCAAAAUCAGAACCGUGACCUCACAUAUCUGAUCCUGAGCAGAGGUCAGCUGAUGAAAUUUGGCCGUUACGAGACACAAGGGCGGGGGGUGAUAGCCCUCUCAGAGAUCAUUACCAAGGAUUUCUUGCCGUCUAUCCGCAUCGUAGCCUACUACCAUGUUCAAAGCAAUGAGGUGGUGUCCGACUCCGUUUGGGUGGAUAUCGCGGACUCCUGCAUGGGCUCGUUGACGCUUGAAUCCACUAGACAAGCUCCAUCCUACGAGCCUCGUAGGAUGUUUGGUAUAAAGAUUACAGGAGACCCAGGAGCCCUGGUGGGGAUGGUGGCUGUUGACAAAGGCGUCUACGUCCUCAACAAUAAGCAUCGUCUCACCCAGAAAAAGGUUUGGGAUGUGGUGGAGAAGUACGACACAGGCUGCACAGCAGGGGGAGGGAAAAACAGCAUGGGUGUAUUCUUCGAUGCCGGGCUGCUAUUUGAGACCAACUUGGCAAACAUUGGAACUGUCUACAGACAAGAGCAAAAAUGUCCAGUCAAAGCCAGGAAGAAACGAGCCACGACUAUACUGCAAGUCAGAACCACCCUGGCGAGUCGAUACAGUGAUGAGGUUCAACGCAAGUGCUGCAUAGAUGGUAUGACGAUCAUCCCUUUGUCGUACAGCUGUGAUCGCCGUGCCGAGUACAUCACAGACGGCUCAGCCUGUGUCGAGGCCUUCCUGUUCUGCUGCAAGGAGCUGGCCACCCAGCAAGCUGAGUUCAAGCACGAUUCCCUUAUCCUGGCUCGUAGUGAGGAAGAUGACAAAAGUUACAUGGACACCAACGAGAUUGUGUCUCGUACCAAGUUCCCUGAGAGCUGGCUUUUCACAGAAAUCCCACUGCCAGAGUGCCCUCCACACUCAAGAAACUGUGCAACCACAUCUGUAGUGAAAAACAUCCCUUUGCAAGACUCAAUUACCACAUGGAAAAUGACUGGCAUCAGUCUGUCAAGGACUCUUGGCAUCUGUAUUGAUGAUUCACUGGAGGUAGUUGUCCGCAAGGACUUCUUCAUUGAUCUCAGGCUGCCCUACUCUGCUGUCCGUGGAGAGCAGCUGGAAGUCAAGGCAAUCCUACACAACUACACCCCCGAUCGUCUCACAGUGCGAGUGGAUUUGAUUGAAGCGGCGGGCGUGUGCAGUUCAGCCUAUAAGCGUGGGAGGUAUCGUCAGGAGGUGAUUGUCGGGAGCUAUACUACACGUUCGGUGUCCUACAUCAUCAUUCCCAUGGAGCAUGGGAAACACCCAAUCGAGGUCAAAGCUGCUGUAAAAGACUCAUCACUCAACGAUGGAAUAAAAAAAUUCCUGCUUGUGGUGCCUGCUGGAGUGCUGGUGAAAGCCCCAAAGAAUGUAACACUCGAGCCUGCCAAACACAAUGGCGAACAAGUUGAGGUUAUCAACAGCCAAAUUCCUAAAUCAAAUAUUGUCCCAGGGACACCUUCCAUCACACAGGUAUCUGUGACAGGAGGACAACAGAUGAGUAUGCUGGUAGAAAAUGCCAUCAGUGGAAACUCUAUGGGCAGCCUUAUCUACCAGCCCUCAGGCUGUGGAGAACAGAACAUGAUCCACAUGACCCUGCCUGUCAUUGCCACCAUAUACCUGGACAGAACCAACCAGUGGGAAAUUGUGGGUUUUGGCAAACGUAAAGAAGCCCUGCAGCACAUCAUGACUGGAUAUAGGAAUGAGCUCGCUUACAGAAAGAAAGACGGGUCUUUUGCUGUGUGGGCAGCUAAUAAAAGCAGCAGCUGGCUGACGGCAUACGUCAUCAAGGUUUUUAGCAUGGCCAGUCAGCUGGUGGCAAUAGACAAAAAACACAUCUGUGAAGGCGUCAAGUGGCUGAUCCUAAAUGCGCAGCAGCCAGAUGGUAUAUUUAUUGAAGUCGGAUCGAUGUACCAUGGAGAGAUGAUGGGAGAUGUGCGUGGCAGGGAUUCAGAUGCGUCAAUGACUGCCUUCGUACUGAUAGCAUUGCAGGAGUCACAACAGCUCUGUGCCAACUCUGUUCCUAGUAUGCCAGGCAGUAUUGCCAACGCAGUGGCUCACUUGCAGACCCGUCUCCCCAACCUUGCCAACCCAUAUGCUGUUGCAAUGGUAUCCUAUGCCUUGGCCAAUGAAAACAAACUUAACCGGGAGCGCCUCUUCCAAGCAGCAUCCUCAGAGUUAGACCACUGGACUGUACCAGGAGGCCAUCUUUACACACUGGAGGCAACAGCUUAUGCUCUGCUCGCCUUGGUCAAGGUCAAGGCCUUUGAAGAGGCUGGCACUAUUGUCAAAUGGCUAAACAAGCAGAGGAAGGUGGGCGGAGGCUAUGGAUCCACUCAGGCUACCAUCAUAGUGUACCAGGCAGUCUCAGAAUACUGGGUCAAUGCAAAGGAAACCCAGUACGAUAUGUCUGUGGACAUCAAGAUGCCUGGCAGGGCAAAACCUGACCGGUACAGCUUCAACAGGGAAACCUUCUACCAGACCAGAAGUUCUAAGAUUAAUGAAAUAAACCAGGACGUGCAGGUGGUUGCCAAAGGAGCUGGAGAAGCAACUCUCACGAUGGUGUCGCUGUACUAUUCUCUGCCUGUAGUAAAGGAGAGUGACUGUAAUAAGUUCAGUCUCACCGUGGAACUUAUCCCAGAGAAACUGAGAGAAAAUGGGAGCAUAUACAAGCUGAAGAUAGAAAUUUUGUACCUGGAUAAGACAAAAGACGCAACAAUGUCAAUCCUGGAUAUUGGCUUGUUAACUGGUUUCACGGCUGAUACAAACGAUCUAAAGUUGUUGGCCAAUGGAAAAGACCGCACGAUUUCAAAAUAUGAAAUGGACAAUAUUCUGUCAGACAAAGGUUCUCUUAUCAUUUACCUGGACAAGGUGUCUCACAAACGGCCAGAUGAAAUUGCUUUUAGGAUCACCCAGAAAAUUAGAGUGGGUGUCUUACAACCAGCAGCCGUUUCUGUCUAUGAGUACUUAGACCAGAGACAAUGUAUAAAAUUUUACCACCCAGAGAGGAGUGGUGGACAACUCCUAAGGCUCUGCCAAAAUGAAGUAUGCACAUGUGCUGAAGAGAAUUGCAGUAUGCAGAAGAAGGAAAAAAUCAACAAUAGUGACCGCAAUGCCAAGGCCUGUGAGGUCAAACAACACAGCAACAUAGAUUAUGUAUACAAAGUCAGAAUGGAAACUUGGGAAGAUGCUGUAGCCACUGACAUUUACACAAUGAGGGUAGAGGAUGUCAUCAAGGAAGGAGCAUUUGACAUUGGUGCAAUGGAUCAAACACGGUUGUUUCUAAGUUAUUCCCACUGUAGAGAGGCUUUGGAUCUGAAACAAGGGAACGCCUACCUUAUCAUGGGCACAUCUAAAGAUGUCAAUAAAGAUGAGCAGAGUGAAAAGUUUACGUACAUUCUUGGGGAAAACACUUGGAUUGAGUACUGGCCCGCCGAUGCAGAGUGCCAGAGUGACGAGCACAGACCUACUUGUGUGGGUAUUGAGGAGCUGGUCCAGCAGUACAGACUCUUUGGAUGUCAGCAGUAAUGUAGUUGAAAGAUAUACAUGUAAUAAAAUGUUUUGCUCGUUUUUCCCCCCAAAUGUCAAACCAUCCGUAAUGUGAGAAGUAAUAUAUGUGCGAAUAACAUCAGAGCAUGUGCAAACAAACUCACAUUGUAUCCAUCCAUUGUCAUUAAAGUGCAUUUGUCUUUA